CUUUCCCUACCGCCCCCCCACCCCGCCCCUCCCGCACGUGCUGACCACCUGCUCUGAAGGCUGCAGCAGCUGAGAAGGCCUUCCUCCCCACCCCCCCAGAACACAUACACACACACACUCACACACCACCUCCCAGCCUCCUGGCUCCCUCCGCUCGGCUCCCAGCAACCUCGCUUUUUUGCUAAUGGGCCUUAAUGCCCCUGCCAGCUGCUUUGCCAAACCCACAGGACUGGGCGGGAGCAGGGGCGCUUGGGCAGCCAGAAGCCGCUCCCCCGUCCCAGCCUGGUGCCCCCGCCCCCAAAGCUGAACCGACCGCGCACCAGGACGUCGGGGUCUGUUCACUCCCCCUCCCCUUCCCAGCAAAAAGUGCCUCGUCACCGCUUCUGCCCGCCCCCGCUGGGCCGGGAGAUCUGUGGGGUUAGCUGAAGGAUUUGGGGAUGUGGGGCAGCGAGGCGCCUCCCGAGGCAAAUUUUUCGGACGCAGAACUUAAGGGGAUCUGAGGUCAGGGGUCACGGAGGGGAAGGGAGCCCACGCCUGGAUGGACCGAGAAGAAUCAGUGUCCGCGAGAUUCACGGCGGACUGAGGAGGCCUGAGCAGCAUCUGCCCCCUGCCCCCUGUGGGGCCCUGGGGCCCCCUGAAAUCUCCAGGACGGAGCCAGACGGGGCGGGCACCAUGAACAAGCUAAGGCAGAGCCUGCGGCGGAGGAAGCCAGCCUAUGUGCCUGAAGCGUCGCGCCCACACCAGUGGCAGGCGGACGAGGACGCGGUGCGCAAGGGCACGUGCAGCUUCCCGGUCAGGUACCUGGGCCACGUGGAGGUGGAGGAGUCCCGGGGGAUGCACGUGUGUGAAGAUGCUGUGAAGAAGCUGAAGGCGAUGGGUCGGAAGUCCGUGAAGUCUGUCCUGUGGGUGUCAGCCGAUGGGCUCCGGGUUGUGGAUGACAAGACCAAGGAUCUGCUGGUGGACCAGACCAUUGAAAAGGUCUCCUUCUGUGCUCCUGACCGCAACCUGGACAAGGCUUUCUCCUACAUCUGCCGUGAUGGGACCACCCGUCGCUGGAUCUGCCACUGUUUCCUGGCGCUCAAGGAUUCGGGCGAGAGGCUGAGCCACGCGGUGGGCUGUGCUUUUGCGGCCUGCCUGGAGCGGAAACAGCGGCGGGAGAAGGAAUGCGGGGUCACAGCUGCCUUCGACGCCAGCCGCACCAGCUUCGCCCGCGAGGGCUCCUUCCGCCUGUCUGGGGGCGGGCGGCCGGCGGAGCGAGAGGCCCAGGACAAAAAGAAAGCAGAAGCAGCAGCUGCUCCAACUGCGGCUCCUGGCCCUGCCCAGCCUGGGCACGUGUCCCCAACACCGGCCACCACAUCCCCUGGUGAGAAGGGUGAGGCAGGCACACCAGUGCCUGCAGGCACCACUGCGGCUGCCAUCCCCCGGCGCCAUGCCCCCCUGGAGCAGCUGGUUCGUCAGGGUUCCUUCCGUGGGUUCCCGGCACUCAGCCAGAAGAACUCACCUUUCAAACGGCAGCUGAGCCUACGGCUGAAUGAGCUGCCAUCCACGCUGCAGCGCCGCACUGACUUCCAGGUGAAGGGCACAGUGCCUGAGAUGGAGCCGCCUGGUGCCAGUGACAGCGACAGCAUCAGCGCCCUCUGCACGCAGAUCAGCUCGUCGUUCGCCAGUGCUGGAGCCCCAGCAUCAGGGCCCCCGCCGGCCUCAACAGGGACUUCUGCCUGGGGUGAGCCCUCCGUGCCCCCUGCAGCUGCCUUCCAGCCAGGGCACAAGCGGACCCCUUCGGAGGCCGAGAGGUGGCUGGAGGAAGUGUCCCAGGUGGCAAAGGCACAGCAGCAGCAGCAGCAACAGCAGCAGCAGCAGCAGCAGGCGGCCCCUGUGCCCACUGUGCCCCCCGGCCUGCAGCCCUUCCCUGCCCCUGUGGGGCCCUUCGACGCCACACCUGCCCAGGUGGCUGUGUUCCUGCCGGCCCCGCACAUGCAGCCCCCUUUUGUGCCCGCCUACCCGAGCUUGGGCUACCCACCCAUGCCCCGUGUGCCCGUGGUGGGCAUCACCCCCUCACAGAUGGUGGCCAACGCCUUCUGCUCAGCCGCACAGCUCCAGCCCCAACCCGCCACCCUGCUCGGGAAAGCUGGGGCCUUCCCACCCCCUGCUGCCCCCAGCGCCCCUGGGGGCCAGGCCCGUCCACGCCCCAAUGGGGCGCCCUGGCCCCCAGAGCCAGCACCGGCCCCGGCCCCUGAGUUGGACCCCUUCGAAGCCCAGUGGGCAGCAUUAGAAGGCAAACCUGCUGUGGAGAAGCCUUCCAACCCCUUCUCGGGCGACCUGCAGAAGACCUUCGAGAUUGAACUGUAGCCUGAGCCGCCCUGCCCACCUCAUCAUCUCCGGGUGCCCCACACCUGGGAGUGGAGGCCCAACCUCUCCCCUAGUCUUGCAGCCUCCCAUGGCCCCUCUAACCCCUUCUCUCGACCACCUCCCACAACCACUACGGAACUGAUAUUGUGACGCCCAGGUUGCAGCGGGAUGGAAUUCAGGGACGGACCCAGCCUGGCUAAGGGACCCAUUUCUCUGCCAGACUUAGGCUGGCACAACCUCCUUUCCCCUCACUCCAGACACAGGGGGAUGGCCACAGUCCCACUGAGCGCCUUGGUUCGAGCUACAUUUCCCAGUUUCUGUUGUUGACCUUCUCUACCUUCCAGUGUUGGGUGGAAUGGAGGUGGGAUACCCACCUAGGGACCCUCCUGGGCCCCACAUGAGUGCCCACCCCCAAGUCUGAUCAUCCCACCCCC